AUGAUUAAAGCGAUAACUAACUUCAACCAUUUCUCAGUCCCAAGACUUGCAACAGAACCCAUCAAACUCACCCAUAUAGUCGACAAUUUGAAGAAAUGUUCAAGCUUGAGAGAACUGGAAUCUGUAUACGCUUCUAUGACCAAGACCAAUGCAAACCAAGAUUGCUUUUUGAUGAACCAAUUUAUCACGACCUGUUCGGCAUUUGAACGAACAGAUUACUCGAUUCUGGCCUUUACCCAGAUGAAAGAUCCCAACGUAUUCGUGUACAAUGCAAUGAUCAGAGGCUUUGUCCAUUGUUUUUACCCUCUCAAAGCUCUACGCUUUUACUUAGGCAUGUUGAGGUCUCAAAUUAGACCCACUAGUUAUACAUUUUCCUCGAUGGUAAAGGCUUGUGCAUUAGUAUGUGCUGUAGGAUUUGGAGAAACCGUUCAUGGGCAGAUAUGGAAAAUUGGGUUCCGAUCGCACGUUUUUGUUGAGACAACAUUGGUUGAUUUUUACUCAACCUUAGGUAGAAUUGAUGAAUCGAAACAGGUGUUUGAUGAAAUGCCUGAAAGAGACGUUUUUGUAUGGACGACGAUGAUUUCCGCACAUGCCCGAGUGGGGGAUAUGGGUUGUGCAUGGGGAUUGUUUGACGAGAUGCCUGAAAGGAAUACUGCUACAUGGAAUACGAUGAUUGAUGGCUAUGCAAGAUUAGGUUAUGUAGAGGCUGCUGAGCAUCUGUUCAAUGAGAUGCCUAUAACAGAUUUAAUUUCAUGGACAACAAUGAUCACUUGCUACGUGCAAAACAAGCAGUAUACCGAAGGAUUGGCAGUCUUCAAUGAAAUGAAGGCUAACGGGGUUAAGCCUGAUGAAGUGACUAUGUCAACUGUUAUUUCGGUGUGUGCCCAUAUUGGGGUACUUGACCUAGGAAAGGAAACACACCUUUAUGUUAUGCAUAAUGGGUUUGAUCUUGAUGUCUAUAUUGUGUCUGCUUUUAUUGAUAUGUAUGCAAAGUGUGGGAGCAUGGAUAAAUCACUCAUGGUAUUCCUCAAAUUGUGGGACAAAAACCUUUUCUGUUGGAAUUCUGUAAUUGAAGGGCUUGCUGUUCAUGGUGCUUGCACUCAUGCAGGACUAGUUGAUGAAGGUCGUGGGAGGUUCCUUAACAUGACUCUCGAUUAUUCCAUAGCUCCUGAAAUUGAACACUACGGAUUCAUGGCUGAUCUAUUUUGCAAGGCUGGUUUGCUGGAAGAUGCUUUAGAGUUAAUUGGAAAUAUGAGAAUGGAACCAAAUUCUGUUAUUUGGGGUGCUUUACUAGGUGGGUGUAAGCUUCACAAGAACUUGGAGAUUGAUCAAGUUGCUAUGGAUAAUUUAGUGGUUUUGGAGCCAAACAAUAGUGGAUAUCACACCCUUUUAGUUAACAUGUAUGCUGAAGCAAAUCGAUGGAGCGAGGUUGCUAAGCUCAGGGCAACCUUGAAGGUUGCUAAGCUCAGGGCAACCUUGAAGGUACUCGGAGUAGAAAAGGCAUCUCUUGGGUCCAGUUGGAUUGAAAUGGGAAGGAAGAUUCAUCAGUUUGCUGCUUCUGAUCGAUAUCAUCCCACCUCUGUUGAAAUUUACUCACUUAUGAAUGAGUUAGACGGGCAGCUUAAACUAACUGGCUAUGUUACUGAAUUAUUUCAUUCAGAUUUGUUCAUGAAGAAUGGAGAUGACAUUCAGAGAUAA